CGCCCUUCUCGCAGCCGCCGCCGCCCGUGCAGCGCUCGCGCUUUGUGCAGGUGGGCAACAUGCUGCAAGUGCUGCCGCCGCCAGACGCCCCGGCGGAGUUCGACCAGCCGCCGCCGCCGCUGCCGCCGGCAGCCGCGGCGCCGACCGCCGCGCCGGCGCCCACGGCCACAGCGCAGCACAUCACCGAGACGCUGACGCGGCUCUCGCAGGAGGUGGCCGCCGCCGCCGCGCCGCCGCCGACGGCGCCGCCUAACUGGUACUUCCCGCUCUAUCAGCCGGCCGUCCGGCGCCGCCGCAAGGAGAAGAAGAAGAAGCGCAAGCGAGAGAAGGCGGAGACGGAAGAGGAGAUCGGCCGUAAGGCGGGCAAGCUCUCCAAGCGACAGAAGAAGAAGCUGGACAAUGAUUUGGAGGCCACCAUUGCCGGCGGAGACCCGUCUCUGCCAGACAUCGACGACGAGGAGAAGGCGCUGCUCAAGGAGGCCAUGUCCGAGGUGCCUGAUGUGGAGGAGGCCGAGUUCGCCGGCUCCGACCCGGACGCCGAGGAGGACGAGGAGGAGGAGGAGGAGCAGCAGCGGCCGCGCUCGCCCGUGCCGCUGCCGCCGGCCGAGCGCAGCAUCCUCGUCAUCGACGGCUUCAGCAAGGACCGGCUGGAGAAGCGGGUGGGCUUCGCGGACGGGUACGGGCCGGGCGAGGGCUCGCCGUCGGAGGACGAGGCGUCGCCGCCGCCCUCGCCGCCGCCGUCGCCGCCCAGCCGGCGCGGCCGCGGCGGCCGAUGGCCCGACAUCAAGAUCAAGGUCAUCCGUCCGUUGCUCGAGGACGAGGACGAGGGUGCAGAGGAGACGCCACCACCGCCGCCGCCGCCGGGCAGCCCGCCGCCCGACCCGUACUACUACCCGGCCCCGCCUCCGCCGCCCACACGGUAG